AUGAAUCAACAUUCUCCCACCUCCUCCUCCGGUCCUGAAGAUGCUGCCGAGAACACCGCCGAUGAAGAAGAUUCUGAAGACUAUUGCAAAGGCGGUUACCACCCAGUUCAGAUAGGUGAGAAGUUCAAGGAUGGAAAAUACACUGUCGUACGAAAAUUAGGCUGGGGCCACUUUUCUACCGUCUGGCUAUCGCGCGACAAUACGAAUGGUAAGCAUGUCGCUUUGAAGGUUGUGCGAUCCGCUAGCCACUAUACCGAGACCGCCAUCGAUGAGAUCAAGCUUCUUCAGAAAAUUGUCCAAGCGAACCCUAAUCAUCCCGGCCGAAAAUAUGUUGUUAGCCUACUCGAUUCGUUCGAGCACAAGGGACCCAACGGCGUCCAUGUGUGCAUGGUGUUCGAGGUUCUUGGAGAGAAUUUACUAGGCCUGAUCAAGAAGUGGCAACACCGGGGCAUUCCUCGAGAUCUCGUCAUGCAAAUUGCGAAGCAAGUUUUGAUGGGUCUGGACUACUUGCACCGAGAAUGCGGUAUAAUUCAUACCGAUUUAAAACCGGAGAAUGUCCUGAUAGAGAUUGGCGACGUUGAGCAAGUAGUAAAGAAGGUCGUAAAGAGCGAUAGUUCCGAUAAGGAGAACAACCGGAAUGGGCGAAGGAGAAGGCGUACUUUGAUCACCGGCAGUCAACCGUUGCCGUCGCCUCUAAAUGCGAGCUUCAACCGCGACAACCUAUUCCCAUCAACCAAAUCACAUAGCAGCCUCAACGCCGUGUUGCAUGAUGCGGCGACUCCGGGUUCAUCAAGUACAACCGAUAAGCAAGGGCAGAGGGAAAGAACAGCGGAUCUCCUUACGAAAGAAGUAUCUGGCAUUUCUCUCGAUAAAGCUACUACGAGUGGCGCGGCAGCUGGUGAGAAUAGAAAGAGGAAACGAAAGGGACCGAUUAUCAACGUCAAGAUUGCGGAUUUAGGCAAUGCCUGCUGGGUCUCUCACCAUUUCACAAAUGAUAUCCAGACAAGACAAUAUCGAUCGCCAGAAGUCAUAUUAGGUGCGAAAUGGGGUGCGAGUACUGAUGUGUGGAGUAUGGCCGCUAUGGUUUUCGAAUUAAUCACGGGCGAUUACCUCUUCGACCCCCAGUCUGGAACCAAAUACGGCAAGGAUGACGAUCAUAUUGCUCAAAUCAUUGAGCUCCUCGGCCCCUUUCCUAAAGAACUCUGGAAGAUAGGACGUUGGUCUCAGGAGAUCUUCAAUAAGCGAGGCGAGCUGCGUAACAUACAUCGUCUGCGACAUUGGGCUCUACCGGAUGUUCUUCGCGAGAAAUAUCAUUUCAAAGAUCACAAAGACUUAACUCCGAAGGAGCGAGAAGAGAGAGAGAAGACCCAAAGAGAACGUGCUGAGGCCAAAGCUAAGGCUAAAAUGGAAGCAAGAAAAAAUGGCGAGGAUGAGGAUGCUAUUGGAGAGCUAUAUCCGGACGAGGAGCACUCCCUCGAGUACCAGCCCACCGAAGUCGCCGACUUCCUCCUUCCCAUGCUGGAACUACUCCCAGAACGACGCGCAAACGCAGGUGGCAUGGCAAAUCACCCGUGGUUGAAUGACACCCCGGGGAUGGAGGACAUUAAGUUAGAAGGACUAGUACCCGGUAGUAAGGGGGAGGGUAUUGAGGGGUGGGCAUGCGAGGUCAAGAAGCGAUAG